GUAGGUUUGCCCUCUGUCCCAGCACGACCUAUUGGCUGCACGGAAACGCGGUACUGGACCUACCGAGGGACCUGUGGUUUGGUAACCCAGUUGGGUUACCCCUAGAGCGUCAUUUGUCCGCUGUCCUUGCAAAUUUGACAAAGGAGCAUCAUGGCUUCGAGUCACACUGUGUUGAUGCGGUUGGUAGCUUCAGCGUAUUCUAUUGCUCAGAAGGCAGGAACUAUAGUUAGACGUGUUAUUGCUGAAGGAGACCUGGGUAUCGUGGAAAAGACCUCUGCAACAGACCUGCAGACUAAAGCUGACCGACUAGUACAGAUGAGCAUAUGUUCUUCACUGGCACGGAAAUUCCCCAARCUAACAAUUAUAGGGGAAGAGGAUCUCCCUCCUGAAGAAGUGGAUCAAGAGCUGAUUGAAGAUGGUCAGUGGGAGGAAAUAUUGAAGCAACCAUGCCCAUCACAGUACAGUGCUAUUAAAGAGGAAGACCUUGUGGUUUGGGUUGAUCCUCUGGAUGGUACCAAGGAAUAUACUGAAGGUCUUCUUGACAAUGUAACGGUUCUUAUUGGAAUUGCCUAUGAAGGAAAAGCCAUAGCAGGCAUUAUUAACCAACCAUAUUACAACUACCAGAACAAUGAAAAGCAGAAGUUAAGGGAACACAGGAAUGAAGCAAAGGCAGGACCAGAUGCUGUGUUGGGGAGGACAAUCUGGGGAGUUUUAGGUUUAGGUGCCUUUGGGUUUCAGCUGAAAGAAGUCCCUGCCGGGAAACACAUUAUCACAACUACCAGAUCCCAUAGCAACAAGUUGGUUACAGACUGUGUUUCUGCUAUGAACCCUGAUGAUGUGCUGCGAGUAGGAGGAGCAGGAAAUAAGAUCAUUCAGCUGAUCGAAGGCAAAGCUUCUGCUUAUGUAUUUGCAAGCCCUGGAUGUAAGAAAUGGGACACUUGUGCUCCCGAAGUUAUCUUACAUGCUGUGGGAGGCAAGUUAACUGAUAUCCAUGGAAAUGCCCUUCAGUACAAUAAGGAAGUGAAGCAUAUGAACUCCGCAGGGGUCCUGGCUACACUGAGAAAUUAUGACUACUAUGCGAGCCGAGUUCCAGAAUCUGUUAAAAAUGCACUUGUUCCUUAAAGAAAAUUUUCAUUUUUUUAGCCCAAAGGACUUGUUUCUCAAAACAGUACAUUUCAAAAACUGAUUGAAUGGAAUUAGUAUUCUACCUUUAUUCAUCAUUGAUCAGUGAUUUAUAGUAGUUACUUAAAGAUAGAAAAUGGGGUUAAAGAAUUUCAUUUUAUUGGAGUCUAAUACUACUUUGUCUUAGGCAUGUAAUAAAUUUUGUGUGUCCUUUUUCCUGUUUAACAAAAUCAGGGAGUCAGGCACAGUGAUGCAUAACCUAUAGUCCCAACUACUUGGGGAAUCUGAGGCCAGAGGAUCAAAUUGCAUGAAUGAA